CUGAGAGCCACGGGACGUGGGAGGCUGCCAGCCAGCUCGUGCUGCAGGAGCGCGGGGGCGGGGCCACGUUUGUUCUUUAAGCCUCGUUGGGAAACUGACUAGAGAGAGGUGAUGCUGGCCCCGCGCGGGGCUGAGGAAGCGCAGCGUACGUCUGGCUCUGGAGCCUUUGGCAAAAGGAGGAAAUUGGCCAACGGAACCCCCCCCUAAGAUAAAUGUGACUCCGCUUGGUGUCGUUAGAAUUCAUAGCAAAAGUCCCAUAAACACUCCGAUCUCCUCCAUCCGUUUGUCUGCCCAGCCAGCACGGACGUGUGUCCCUCAUAGCGCCCAAAUACAGCUUUAGAAUGGGCUUCUAAUAAUCACGGUCCACAAAUUAAACUUGGGAUGUUUUGCAGAUAUCUCCACUAAUGUAUCCAGUGCAUACAAACAGGUUACCAAAUGAUUUCUCAGUUUGGAAUGAAUUAGUCCAAAGGAAGAAAAUAUUCUUUCUACACCAGCAGAAGAAGCUACUACUGUUAAAAGUCACUUGCCCUGGUGUGUUCCUGCCAGAGAAGCAUGACAUUUACCUCAGUGUCUGCAUCCUGGGCCAAUACAAGGAGACAGAAUGCCUUCCUCCAAUUUUCCCUCUCUUGUUUCAUGAGAAGAUGUGGUUUGAAAAGGUAUUUGAAAGUGCUGUAGACCCGGCUGCUGUAACAGAGAUGCUUGAAAGCAAUGUAACAACGUUUGGAUUAAUUCAACUAGUAUCUUCAGUGGGGGACAGUCUCGCUUUUUAUGAAGAGAAUACUCGAGAUUUUCUCUUCCCAGAGCCCAAGCUGACUCCUGUGUAUCCUGGUGUGGAGAGAGAGUUACUAAUGAAAACAUCUCCUAGUUUCCCAGGAAUUGCACCAAAAAUAGAGUUUUCUACAAGAACAACCAUCAUUGAGCUUCCACUUCAAUAUAGAAAGCAGUUUUAUCAGGGCAGAAACAGAAUGAGGAUACAAAGAUCUGCCUCUGUAUCACCCAGGCGAAGGAGCAUUUCACCAGCACGAUGUAAGAAAACAAAGAAAAAGGAUAAUAGGAUCUGUAAGAGUCUUACAAGAUUAUUAAGAUCCCGCUCUCCAUCUCCAAAUGCUACAAAGCGCCUGUGUCAGUUCUGCAAAGAAAACCAACAGCAGCAAUCAAGGCUAAGCCUGGGAUCUCUUGGGUACAAACUGGAUGCUGAAACCAGGCCACCAUUUGUUGUUAGACAUGUAGACAGUGCUAACCCAUUUGGUGAAAAAACUUCAUCACAGUUACCUUAUCGAAAUCCAAAACAAAAUGUGAGCUCAGCAAGGAAUUCGCUUGAAUUUCAAUUGAAACGAGUUUUAUCUUUUGAUAGCUGUGACGCAUCAAAUUCCUCAGUUAAGGUUAUCAGGGAACCGGAUGAACAGGCCACAUCUGAACAUGAUUCAUCAUCUCUUGAAACAGAUGAACUUGUAAAUUACCCGGGCAGUUCUACUCAAGGAGAUUUGACAUUUCACCGCACAGCGUCAUUUGCCACCUCCCCACAUUACAGAUCACCUAGUCCUGUUCGGAGUCACUCUCCUCUGCAACACAGGUUAUACUCCAAUCCUCAUUUCAGUUGGGAAAAGAUCCACAAGAGAGUGCAGAAUCUCCUAACCUCAAACCAGGCAAAGCAGAGACUUUCUUUUGGAGCCACUGAUUCUGAAAUUGAUGAUGUCCUUGAAAGAAGGUCCAUCUCUUUGAGGAGUUCCCCUCAGGAUGACUCCCCUCUGGAGCAAAGAUAUUACUAAGUAGUUGUCAUCAGAAAGCAGGGACAACUCAACGACUGCUGGACUCCAAUGUGAAGAGUUGAGACGGACAUCUCCAUCUCAGAGUUGAUCAGGGGUUCAUUUUCUGUGUGGCAUUAUGUCUAAUCUCUUUCUUAAAGUGAGACUCUGUAUUGUGCUGGAUAAGCACGUCUGAUUAAAUGAUUGCAGUGUGUGGCUCA